GGAGAGUUUUAAUGUACUCACACAAUAUUUUCGCAAGAAAGAGGCUAUGUACUAGUUUUGCCGUGAAACACGUGCCUUUUGGAGAGCGGAGAGAUCUUGUUUACAAUAGAAAUCGCGAAUAUUAAAUUCAGCGAACUGUUUGCUGCCACAAACGAGGUGAGCCGCUUCAAUCACCCACCUUUCGCAGUUCAAAACAGAAGCAAUGAAAUUAUUAUUGCCAGCAGCUUUAGCAGUCCUUGCAAUCCUGCGAGAAGUUAGUGGAAAUAAGGAUGGCACUGAAUGCGAACAAAGGACAGAAGAUGGCAAAUGUUGCGUGUUUCCAUUCACAUUUAUGGGUGAAAAGAUGCAUUUUUGUAUCAGUGGGGGACCCUCCGAAGAUGACUGGUGUGCGACUACAGAUGACUUUGACCGGGACGGAGAAUGGGGUCGCUGCACGGGAGUAAAAUGUUACAUUUGCUCCAGUGAUGUCUCCUGGUCGGACUGUGAAAACCAGCAGCAAGCCCACAACUGUCCGUAUAUGCACGAUCAGUGUCUGACACUCAGCAAGGAGGCAGGAGUCACUAACACAAGCUUGCUCUUCCUAAAGAGAUGCACAUCUAACACUCAAUGUACAGCGUAUAAUCCAACUUGCGAUCGUCCCGAUGUUCUAAAGUGCGACUUCAGCUGCUGCAUGGGAGAUUUUUGUAACGCUGCCUCGCUGCCUUAUUCGGCGGUUGGUAGUUUUGUUCAUAUGGCUGCGUGGAUUUUUUACAUGUAUGGCUGAUUGUCUGUGGUUAUAUGGCGUCAAAUUCAUGACUGUUAGGGUUGAAAAACAAUUCCACUAGUCCCUUCUUUAUCGCAUCUAAGUUUGAAAAUUUAGAAUCAUAUUUAGCGCCGGAAAAAAACUACCUCCAGAUUGAAGGUUGCCAACUAUUGGUUUAAUAAGAUAGAAAAACAAGAGAGGUAACACAAAGAUGGACCGAAGAGGACUGAGGAUGGAGAAGAUUAAAACGGAUUGCAACUGAUGAAAUUGAAAGACUAAGGCUGACCUCUUCAAGUUACAUUAAUCAUGAUGUAAAUUUACACGUAGCUUCAAAUUGCCAUAUAAUGUUGUGUGUUCGAGAGAAUUGAAUCAAGGACAAUAAUUCUCAACAUGGUAAGAACUGUUUAAUUGAGGUGGACCAUCUCAAUUUCUCAUUAACUGGCCAUACAUUUUAGGCCACUGGUGUCUCCAAAUUCUUUCCUGCCAAAUACAAUUAUGCAGCAGGAGAAUUACUGUUUUUUUUUAGCUAAUUAAGAAAUUGACAAUCUUAAAUCUUUGUACAUAAAUUUUCAUUGAGAAAUCAUGGACGAGAUGGUAAUAUUCUAUCACUACAGUUGUAAAUGAAAGGUGUCAUCUCCCUCCUCUAACGACAACAGGCUCAGGAUCAUGAACGAAGCUUGCGUCCAUUCUACCUCUAUCAUCUGUUAUACAAAAAAUAACAACAUAAAUGUCAUUAUUUAAAUCAGGGCGACAAUAAUUUUUUUUGAUGAACACUUGAAAUUGAGCAGUGGAUAUCUAUUAAGUAAGUUCAUGAAUAAAGUUACCAGGGGUGA